GAUCGGUUUGGUAGCCAUUCGCCGGAAGAAUAUAUGAACCUUCGCUUCUCCCACUUCGACAACAAAAUCACGAAAGAUGAAAUAAAAGAUAUUCUUGAACGAGAAUUUCGUCGAUACGCGCCUUUCGAGAUAAAGAUUGUACGUAAUCCCGGUGAUGAGCAACGUCUGGCCUAUGUGAACUUCGAGCGCCCAGAAGCUGCUCGUACAAUUCGGCACACGAUGUUACCUCGACUGCAGAAAUUGCUAGGAAAAAGACUUCAUCUCGAUCCGGCAGGAAUCAUCCGGGACCAGCAGGGCAAGUAUAUUCCUGACCGAUAUAACCGCGCACUGCAAGCUGAACGCGAGCGUGAACGAAGAGAGCCGACGAAAAGAAAAUCGCCAAACAGGCGUCGUGAAGAAAAUUUAACGUGGAAUUUGAAAGAGGGUGAUAGCGAUGCCACAAGAACACUUUUUGUUGGUAAUAUGCCGGCUGAUAUUCGUGAGCAAGAAAUUCGGCGUGUCUUCGAAAAAUAUGGAAAGGUUGAGGACGUGGAUAUCAAGACGCCGCCGGAAACAAAUGCCGCAUACGCUUUCGUUCUUUUCCAGACUUUGGAACAAUCGAUGAAUGCAAAGGCAAACGAACAUGAUCGUCCAAUACGACCGGGCACCAGCCGUUGUAAAAUUGGUUACGGCAAAUCACAGCCAUCAAAUCGCUUAUGGAUCGGAGGUCUUGGGCCGUGGACAUCCGCGGAAUACCUGGCCAAGGAAUUUGAUCGGUAUGGCAUGAUUGAUCGUCUGGACUAUGAAGAAGGCGCUGAUUUUGCGUUCAUACGUUUCACGGAUCAGAAUGCAGCAAUGGAUGCUUGCCGUGCGAUGAAAGGCUUCCCCUUGGGUGGCAGAGAUCGCUGUAUCAUUGUCGAUUUUGCAAAGGAUGAUCAGCAGAAGGAUGAUCGCAAAAGACGGCGAAACAUGCCUGUGGCUACAAGAAAGCGCAACAAAGGCGCAGGUUCGGCAUUUGGCAGCCCACCGGGCACACCAUCGGAUGAGGAAAUUGACACAGUUGAUGAACUUGAACGACGAAUCGCACCAACAUGGCAGGGCUUUGUUAUCCUGAAAAAGACUGAAUAUGCUAUACGCCUUCACCGUAUAUCGGGGACCGAGCACUUGCUGCAGAAGCUGCUUCGGGACCCAUCAGAUGGAAGCGCUCUGAAGCUUCAUAUUACCCAGCGGCUUCCACUGGCAAGUCAGGAGGCACUUGAGGAGAGGCUGAUUAAUUCAUCGAAGAAGCAGCUCAGCUUAAUGAUUGCUGUAGCGUGUGAUAAGCCACUCCGGCCUCUUGCCAAUUAUCUUUCAGAAAAGGAUGCUGCUGGCGUUGUCACUGUACCAAACGGUGUGCUUUAUAUUUUUGCUGCUAGUAAUAUGGCUGAUCGAUUAAUUCAGGCUUGCGCGCAGCAGGUCACUUUGUUCACUCCUGAUUGUGGCCACUUAUUAUUUGCUUUGGCCCUGAAGGCUUCGGCUGAUACUCCCAGUGCAGUUUGA